GUUCAAGAUGGCGGCCGAAUUUCCUGCGCGGCAGCGCCCAAUGCGGCAUCUAUUCAUGUACGAUAUCUAUGGCUUCUCUUGCCCUGCGAAUCUGAGAGGGGAACAGUCGAAUGUUCAGAAUAAAGGUCAGCGGCGUUCCUCAUCGCCAAUAAAGCUUGCAGGAAACGCCAAGUACCUGCCAUGCCGGAGCUGAGCAGCAAGGUCCAGACCGUUUUGGGUCUGCUGGACCCGGACCAGCUGGGCCGCACCAUGACCCACGAGCACCUGACCAUGACCUUUGGGUGCUGUUACGUCCCCCCGCCGCCGGGCGAGGAGAAGAUUGCGGAGGACCCCUUCCACAUGCAGCACAUGCACUGGCUCAGGCAGAACCCGUAUAGCAGCCGCCAGAACCUGCUGCUGCAGCAGGAGACGGCCGCCGUGCGCGACGAGCUGCUGGCCUACAGGAAGGCCGGCGGGGGCGCCAUCGUGGAGAACACCACCACGGGCAUUGACCGGGACCUGCCCACCCUGAGGAAGUUGGCCAAGGAGACGGGGGUCCACAUUGUGGCGGGGGCGGGCUACUAUGUGGACUGCACGCACAGCGACGCCACCAGGAAGAUGAGUGUGGAGAAGUUGACCGAUGUCAUCAUCAGCGAGGUUCUCCAUGGCGCCGACGGCACCAACGUCCGCUGUGGCGUUAUCGGCGAGAUCGGAACCAGCUGGCCCAUCACAGAGAGCGAGAGGAAGGUGCUAAAGGCCACGGCGCAGGCUCAAGCCCAGCUGGGCUGCCCCGUCAUCAUCCAUCCCGGGCGCAAUCCCGCUGCUCCGGCUGAGGUGGUGCGCGUUCUCCAGGAGGCGGGAGGUGACAUCGGCAAAACGGUCAUGUCUCACCUGGACAGGACCAUCUUCAGUGAGGCCGAACUGCUGGAGUUUGCUGAGCUGAGAAGUUACCUGGAAUACGACCUGUUUGGAACCGAGAUGCUCAACUACCCUUUCCACUUGGACAUGGACAUGCCAAGCGACAGCCAGAGAGUCAAGACCUUGGCGUUCCUUGUAAAAGAGGGCUACGAGGACAAGAUCGUCAUCGCGCACGACAUCCACACCAAGAACCGCUUAACCAAAUAUGGCGGCCACGGCUACUCACACAUCCUGACUAACAUCGUUCCCAAGAUGCUAGCCAGGGGCAUCACGCAGACGCAGGUGGACAAGAUCCUGGUGGACAACCCCAAACGCUGGCUGGCCUUCAAAUAAAUGGCUAGGCAGUUUUUGAAUUUUUGGUUGUUUUUUUUAAUGGAGCAAUAAAUGAACUUUAAAACCC